AGAAACGUAACGUACCUUCUCUUUCCUCUCUCUCUCCAUUAUUUCCUCCCCUCUCCUCCCCUCCCCUCCCCUGAAAACAUCCUAGACAAAACCGAAUCUUCUAGAACUCUCGUACUAAUCCUCAACUCUCUGCUGCAUCCCACGGCCAUGUCGCCACCGCCUCUGGUGGAGCAAAACAGUACAGACACUCCAACAACCGGAGGAGGAGAAACAUCAAGAACAAUACCAACACCAUUCUUAACAAAAACAUAUCAAAUAGUUGACGAUCAUACCAUAGACGAUGUCGUUUCAUGGAAUGAAGACGGAUCCUCUUUCAUAGUGUGGGAUCCAACCGUUUUCGCCAGAGAUUUGCUGCCUAAAUAUUUUAAGCAUAACAAUUUCUCUAGCUUCGUUCGACAAUUAAACACUUAUGGAUUUAGGAAGGUAGUACCGGAUCGAUGGGAGUUUUCGAAUGAAAGUUUUCGGAGAGGAGAGAAAAAUUUGUUAGCCAAUAUACAAAGGAGGAAAAUCCCGGCGGUGGUAACAGCACCGGUGGCGGUGGUUCCGGCCAUGGUGAAAACGUCGUCAAAUUCUUCUUCGGAUGAGCAAGUGAUUUCGAGGAGUUCUUCGCCGGGGUUGUCGGUGGAUUUGAUUGAUGAGAAUGAUAGGUUGAGGAAGGAGAAUGUACAGCUAAAAGGGGAGUUGACGGAGAUGAAGAGUUUGUGUGCUAAUAUUUUUAGUUUGGUGUCUAAUUAUGCAAAUUCUCGAGAGGGGAAGGGUGUGAGAAAGAUGUUGGAUUUGUUGCCAAUGAAGGAGGAAGAACGGGAGGGGGCGAGGAUCUUUGGGGUGGAGGUUGGUACGAAGAGAGGGAGGGAAGGAAGUGGAGAUAUGGAGGAGGGGGAGGAGGAUGGGAUGCAGUUGCAGUUGCGGCAACCUGGCUGUGGUGGUGGGUUGAAAAUUGAGACUAAUGGUUGUCAAGAUGGAAAUAGUAAUGGUGGUGGUGGUGGUGGUGGUGGUGGUCAAGAUGCACCAUGGCUUGAACAAUGCCAUAGGUUAAAUCAAAAGAUGUGCGAUUGAUAGAAUUACAGUUGUUAGGAUUAUUAUGAGAUAGAGUAGCCCUAAAUAGUAAUACCAUCCCAGGCUAUCACUCUAUAUUGUUAUAAUGAUUGAGUGGGAAUUCCAUUGUUGAUUGUGGAGUUGCAAUAUCUUUGGACCGGCUCGGUCCUGCUACUGUAAUGAUUUGGUAUUAGUCUGUAAACACAGAUUCAACUGUUUAGCAGGAAUGGACUAGAUCGGUGUAGAUGGAGAUGAUCCUGAAUCAAAAUGUUUACUUUCCAUCUAUCAGCAAGAGUAAGCUUUUUUAUUUUUUACUUUUCAGUGCCUUUCCUUGGAGAUUCCAUCAUGGAAUCUGAUGCUGAUGCUGAUUCUGUGCUGUGAUGAUUGAGUGGAAAGCAAACCUGGGAGGUGUGAGAAAUGAAUGAAGAUCUGUGCUGAUAGGCUUGCGGUACUGUCAGCUACACGCUCAGGUUGAGGCAACUGUAAUUUACCUGGAAUAUUAAUUGAUUACUGUUGAUGAUUUAUGGAAUUUUAGUUAGAUUUA